AUGGCCAGCCCGCUGCGGAAUCCCGCGGACUCCCUGGUCAGGCCGGGGUCCGGGGUCCGGGGUCCACCGGAUCAGACCCUGGAGGCGACGGCCGCCCUGGGUUGCAUCAGCCUCCUCUGCCUGCAGCUCCCUGGCGUGCUGUCCCGCAGCCUGGGCGGGGACCCGCGUCCCGUCAAACCCAGGGAGCCCCCAGCCCGGACCCCUUCCAGCAACCUGCAGCCCAGGCACCCCGCACCCCGACCUGUGGUUUGGAAGCUUCACCAGGCCCUCCAGCCACAGAGGGGUGCUGGCCUGGCUCCUGCUAUGGGUCAGCCUCUCCGGGAUGGUGGCCGCCAACACUCGGGCCCCCGAAGACACUCCGGCUCCCGCAGGACCCACGCCCAGCUCCUGCGAGUGGGCUGCGUGCUGGGCACCUGUCAGGUGCAGAAUCUCAGCCACCGCCUGUGGCAACUCAUGGGACCGGCCGGCCGGCAGGACUCAGCUCCUGUGGACCCCAGCAGCCCCCACAGCUAUGGCUGAAGUGGGGCUGGGCCACACCCCUGCCCAUCCCAGCCAGGGUGCUGUGCCCCCGUCCAGAGCUGCAGCUGAGCCCCCUCCGCAGCCCAGUCCCGUGGAGCUGCAGACAGCAGGUCCUGCGGCAACAAUGCCUGCACAGCGUCGCACACGUAAACCCUCGCACACCUGUAGACCGAGGUUGGUCUAUAUGCAGUGCUGGU